CCAGGAAACCAGGAAGUGUAGUGUGUCAAACAGAAACAGGGCCGAGUCUGUUUCCUGUUUUCUCUCCGGUUUAGGACUCAAUAACAACCGUUUCACGCUCUUAUAAAGGGGCCGAGCUGAAGGGAGGAGGCGGACAGCUUCAGUAGUUCAGCAUUAAGUUAUUAAGAUGGGUUUAAAUCGCUCUUUUCGGCUGUUUUUAGUGAACUUUCUAUUAAUCUGCGUCACUUUGUGGAGCAACCUGGUGGUCGCUAAGAGACCAAACAUUGUCCUGAUCCUCACCGACGACUUGGACAUCGCUAUCGGGGGUCUGAGUCCACUCACCAAGACGAAGAAACUAAUUGGUGAUGCAGGGAUAUCAUUCACAAACGCAUUUGUGGCCAGCCCGCUGUGCUGCCCCAGCAGAGCCAGCAUCCUGACAGGUAAAUACCCUCACAACCACCACGUCAUCAACAACACGCUGGAGGGAAACUGCAGCAGCAAGGCCUGGCAGAAGAGCGAGGAGGCCCACACCUUCCCCGCUCUGAUGAGGACGUACGCCGGCUACCAGACCUUCUUCGCCGGGAAAUAUCUUAACCAGUACGGGCACGCAGAUGCUGGUGGAGUGGAGCAUGUUCCUCCAGGUUGGAACUACUGGGUCGGACUGGAGAAGAACUCUAAAUACUACAACUACACUCUGUCAGUGAACGGAAAGGCUGAGAAACAUGGAGAGGACUACAGCAAAGACUACCUGACAGACGUCCUGGCCAACAGGUCUCUGGACUUCCUCCAGUAUAAAUCCAACUACCAGCCGUUCUUCAUGAUGGUUUCCAUCCCGGCCCCCCACUCCCCGUGGACAGCAGCUCCUCAGUACCAGAACAGCUUCAACACCACCAAGGCUCCCAGAGACCCCAACUUCAACGUCCACGGCAAGGACAAACACUGGCUGAUCAGACAGGCUAAAACCCCGAUGACCAACUCCUCUGUUCAGUUUCUGGAUGAUGCUUUCAGGAAACGGUGGCGAACGUUGCUGUCGGUGGACGACCUUGUGGAGAAAAUAGUGAAGAGGUUGGAGGUCAGAGCUGAACUGGACAAUACGUACAUCUUCUUUACCUCCGACAACGGCUACCACACAGGUCAGUUCUCUCUUCCUCUGGAUAAGAGGCAGCUCUACGAGUUUGACAUCAGAGUUCCUCUCAUGGUCAGAGGACCGAACAUCAAGCCCAACCAGACCAGCCAGAUGCUGGUGGCGAACGUCGACCUCGGUCCGACCAUGCUGGACAUCGCCGGCUACGACGUCAACAAGACGCAGAUGGACGGCAUGUCCUUCCUGCCCGUUAUGGAGGGGAAGAUGAACAGCAGCAGCUGGAGAACAGACAUCCUGGUGGAGUAUGAAGGAGAAGGAAGCACCGUGUCCGACCCGGAUUGUCCUCUGCUGGGACCCGGAGUGUCGGAGUGUUUCCCAGACUGUGUGUGUGAGGACUCGUACAACAACACAUACGCGUGUGUGCGCACCGUCGCCUCCUCCACCAACCUGCAGUAUUGCGAAUUCGACGAUAAUGAGGUGUUUGUAGAAGUCUACAACGUGACAGCAGACCCCUACCAGCUCACCAACAUCGCAAAGACCAUCGACCAGGAAGUCCUGGAGAAGAUGAACCACCGGCUGAUGAUGCUGCAGUCCUGCUCCGGACAGUCGUGUCGGACGCCCGGCGUGUACGAUAGGAGGUAUAAAUUCGACCCUCGACAGAUGUUUCCGAGCCACGGCUGGCGGCUCAGCAGACUCAGACAGAAGAUGAAGUAAGAAGAGGUGAUGGAGGACGGAGGGAGGAAGAGAAGGGCUGUAUUGUGUUUAGUAUUCAGCCUUUCCUGCUGUUGUUGCCUUGUUUUCACGCCUCCUGAGCCAGUCUCUGUGUAGAUGGAUGGAGAAGGGAUCAGGUGGGAGGAGUGGAGGCCUCUCUGGGUGCAGGUGGACUCACCUUUAAAGCAUCCAGACUGGGCUGCUGUUUAGUGAGUUUGUCAGUAGGUGGGCAGGGAAGUUAUUCAGGAUGGAUUUACACUCACAAGCCAUUAAUUCCUGUUUUCUUAUAAGCGUUAUUGUGUCUGCUCGGUCAGUUCAAAAAGUGACAAAUAUCCGACCCAGUUCUUAUUAAUUCAUGUCUGUCCAUGUCAUAUCAAUGAUCGUUCAUUCACUCGUCUAAAUAUUGUUCAGGCUGCUGUGUGUUGUUUUUUUUUGGUGCAUUCGGAUGGUCCUCAAGAAUUUGUCAGAAGGUGGAAAUUUCAAUCUUCAUCACAGAGAAAGUGAUAAAAUUGACUUCCAUGAUAUGCAAAUGUAGAACUUAACAUUUGCUGUCACAAGAUGGACUGUAGUUACAUUCUAGAGAUCAUUUCAUUUAUUUAUUUAAUUAAUUUGAUGAGGACCAACCAGCUGCAGCAAAAAAAAAAUCCUGUGUUAGAUAUUGUGCUUCUGUGAUAUAAUGAAUUAAACACGACGAUGAUAAGUUGAACGUCUUUAACAUCGUCUUCAGUAGAUGUGAAUGACAGAGCGAAUAUUCAUAGGAUGGAAGUGUAAUGUGAUCGUACCUGAAACAAACAGAAGAAGAACUGGGUUGUAAAGAAAAGAGCGCCACCUACUCACAGACACGAGUGCCUACUGACAGACCUACAGCCCUAUAUUUACCCCCAGAUAUCACUCCCACAGUCAACACUAUAUUAUGGAUAAAAUGACUGAAUAGUUAUUGUACUCUGAAAGCAGCCAGCAUGUGAUCCCAUUGUGGCUUUAAAAGGAAAACUUCAACACCGAUUUGGAUAAAAAGUUUCAACAUAUUUUUGUCACAAUAAAUCAGGUGGACAGAAGAAUCACGACUGAAUAUUUAACAAAUAAAACAGGAACUUAAAAUGGUCAGACCCUUAACAAGCAGUGGUAAAAAAAAAUGUCUCACGAUUUCAUAAAAAGCAACUUUCUCGUGAUUUACCUCGACUGUGAGCAGUGUUAAAGCACCUUUUUCAUCCACAAAUUUAAAAUGAAUCGCCACUUGUUGUCUUUUCUUUUACACAUUUUGUAAAAAAGAUUGUCUUUUCUUAUUGAUUUCUAUAGAAGCCCUGAGAGGCAAGUGAGAAAACAAAUCUGGUGAUCUGAAUUGUUUUUUAUCUAAAUUUGUUUAUGACUUAAGAACAGGUGAAAAAAAGUUUUGCCAUGAUAAUCGUUCUUAGAACAUGAGGUAGUUGUGCACUUCAGCCUCUUGUGGCCGAAAUAAGUAUUACAACAACAAACACUUGGAAAGAUUAUCCUGACAAAAAAAAUUUCACCUGACAAAACUUUUUUCACAGAUGAAAAAAAAAGUAACUUAAAAAAAUUAUCCUAGCAAAUUUUUAUUUUUUUCACCUGUCAAAACUUUUUUUUAUUCACCUUUUUCACAGAUAGAAAAAAUUAGAAAGAAUAUCCUGGAAAAACUUUUUUCUUCACCUGUUGAGAAAACAAUUUAGAUCCGACUUAGAAAAAUGAGAUAUUUUUUUUGAUUUUUUUUUCACUUGCCUGUCAUUCAUCACGUCUUGUUUAUUUCAUACAGCGUUUAUGUAAGUCACUUUAAAUGGACAGAGAAACAUACAUUUCUAUGUUGGGGAGGACAACUUUCAAGUAUUUAACUAAUAACUUUAAUGUUUUGUAGUGAUUCAAUGAGCCAAUUUUGAAAUAUUGGUUCAUACAGAUAUUCAUUUCCUACUGCGAAGGAUGAAGCAGUAAUUUUAGAAAGAUAAAAUAUAUAUUUAAAAAACUUCCCCCCCCCCAUCAUCAGGUUUUCAGUCAGCACAGUUUUGUUUUAUUUAUGUUUCUUUCUCAUUUCGUUUUAUGAGUUAGAUGUGAGAACUUGUAAUGGCCAAAUAAAAAUAAUCUAUAUUUGAUAUAUUUUUCAAUGCGACCUCCUUCAAACUUUAAGGGAAUUUUUUUUUUUUUCUUUGGAUCACAUUUAUGUUUAUUUAUGCCAUAAACUACAUUUAGACAAAAAAAAAAUUCAAAACCAUUUCCUUAAUCCUCCUUAUUCCUGAUCUGUGGGAUUUUUUAUUUCAAAAGGUCAAUAUAUUUCAAAUCAAAGCUGCCUACGCCAGCAUUUUGUGGCAAUACAUUGAGAUUAUUAUCAUACUAUUAACAUCCAACCAAAGAUCUGAUAUAUUGAGGGAACUGACAUUCAGAAAGUCUCGUCACAUCUGCAUGACAUGUGUUGUAAAAGACUUCAUCUUUUUUUGUGUGUGUCAAUUUUGAUUGUGAAUUAUUUUCUCACUGAACAAGCAAAGCAAACAAACUUGUGAAUCAAUGAUUUUCUCCCACUGCUACUGUGUGUUUGUUGUUCUUGGACUAAUAAUGCGUUCAUACAGCUCCUUUCUUCCUCCGUAGUUUGUUCCGAUGAUUCACAACUGGACUGAAUUAAUGUGACAACACUGAGAUCAACGUGUGAUUAUAUUUCCUCUUGUUUCAAUUCACUGAUGCACUUUCCAAUCUGUCAGAGCGGUUUUUAUUUUGGAACCCUUAGUUUUUGUUUUAAUUUUCUAGAGUAGUUUUUGAUGAUUAUGUAUUUUUGGCUCGUGUUUUUGUCCAAAUAAAGAGAUUCUCAAAAUAUCA